AAAAAAGGGGGGGGGUAAUUAGUAAAAUAAGGCAUUAAGCCGAGAUAAGAGCCACAAUUGCUUCAAAUGUGGUGCUCAGGGGAUCUUCUUUCUAAGAACUACUGGGGUAACUAGAGAGGGAGCUGUCACCGUGGUAAGGGCACUUGCUGUCCUUGCAGAGGACCUGAGCCAACCGGUCUCACAAUUGCCUGUAACUCCAACUCCAGGGCAUUUGAGGCCCUCUUCCGGCUUCCAUGGGCACCAGGCACAUGGUGCACAGGCAUAUAUGCAGAAAAAACAUCCAAACAAAUAAAAUAAAAAUAAAUAAAUAAACCUUUAAAAUAUGAGAGAUCAUUUAAAAGUUCUGAGAUGUUAUCAUCCAGCUUAGAAGGGGAUCCCCAGGAGUAAGGUCAUCUCCAGAAAGCCCUCAGGACUGAUCCUUCUCCUUGGCUCCCCACAGAACAUGUCAAAGCCCUCAGAGGCAGCACGUCGCUGCUCCGGCCUGGCCCGGCGGGCACUCACGAUUACGUUCGCACUGCUCAUACUGGGCCUCAUGACAUGGGCCUACGCCGCGGGCGUCCCUCUCGCCUCCGAUCGCUACGGCCUCCUGGCCUUCGGCCUCUACGGGGCAUUCCUCAGCGCGCACCUGGUGGCGCAGAGCCUCUUCGCUUACCUGGAGCAUCGGAGGGUGGCGGAGGCAGCACGGCGCGCCUCGGCGAAGGGACCCCUAGACGCGGCCACUGCACGCAGCGUGGCGCUCACCAUCUCCGCCUACCAGGAGGAUCCCUCGUACCUGCGCCAGUGUCUGACCUCAGCACGCGCUCUGAUGUACCCUCGCGCGCGGUUGCGCGUCCUUAUGGUGGUGGACGGCAACCGUGCAGAGGAUCUGUACAUGGUGGACAUGUUCCGUGAAGUCUUCGCUGAUGAGGACCCCGCCACCUACGUGUGGGAUGGCAACUAUCAUCAGCCCUGGGAGUCGGCGGAGGGGGCAGGAGCAGUGAGUACCGGUGUAUACCGCGAGGUGGAGGCUGAGGACCCAGGGCGGCUGGCAGUGGAGGCGCUGGUGAGGACACGCAGGUGCGUGUGUGUGGCGCAGCGCUGGGGCGGUAAGCGCGAGGUCAUGUACACGGCUUUCAAGGCGCUGGGAGACUCCGUGGACUACGUGCAGGUCUGUGACUCAGACACAAGGCUAGACCCCAUGGCACUGCUGGAGCUUGUGCGAGUGCUGGAUGAAGAACCCCGGGUAGGAGCUGUUGGAGGAGACGUAAGAAUCCUUAACCCUCUGGAUUCCUGGGUCAGCUUCUUGAGCAGCCUGCGAUACUGGGUAGCCUUCAAUGUGGAGCGAGCUUGUCAGAGCUACUUCCACUGUGUGUCCUGCAUCAGUGGUCCUCUGGGCCUGUACAGGAACAAUCUCCUGCAGCAGUUCCUGGAAGCCUGGUACAACCAGAAGUUCUUGGGCACCCACUGCACUUUCGGGGAUGACAGGCACCUCACCAACCGCAUGCUCAGUAUGGGCUACGCUACCAAAUACACCUCGCGCUCCAGAUGCUAUUCGGAGACACCCUCUUCCUUCCUGCGCUGGCUGAGCCAACAGACCCGCUGGUCCAAGUCUUACUUCCGCGAGUGGCUAUACAACGCCCUGUGGUGGCACCACCACCAUGCAUGGAUGACCUAUGAAGCGGUGGUCUCGGGCCUCUUUCCUUUCUUCGUGGCUGCCACAGUGCUGCGGCUCUUCUACGCUGGGCGCCCGUGGGCUCUGCUCUGGGUGCUGCUGUGUGUGCAGGGUGUGGCGCUGGCUAAGGCGGCCUUUGCAGCCUGGCUACGAGGCUGCCUCCGCAUGGUGCUGCUGUCACUCUAUGCACCACUCUACAUGUGUGGCCUGCUGCCUGCCAAGUUCCUGGCAUUGGUUACCAUGAAUCAAAGUGGCUGGGGCACCUCAGGCCGGAAGAAGCUGGCUGCUAACUAUGUUCCGGUGCUACCCCUGGCACUCUGGGCUCUGCUGCUGCUUGGAGGCCUGGUCCGCAGUGUUGCCCAGGAAGCACAGGCCGACUGGAGUGGCCCAUCCCGGGCAGCUGAGGCCUACCAUCUCGCUGCUGGAGCAGGCGCCUAUGUAGCCUACUGGGUGGUAAUGUUGACUCUCUAUUGGGUGGUUGUGCGGAGGCUCUGCAGGCGUCGGAGCGGUGGCUAUCGUGUUCAGGUGUGAGUCUGGCCAUAAACAUGCCCACUGAGGGCUGUAGGGGAGGCAAGAGGAGUCCUGCGGGGUAGCUGCAGGAGCCAUGAAUUCCAUGGGGACUCCCUGGCCUCAGUUUCCCUUCUCCUUGAAAUGAGGGAGCCAUCCAAGAUUCUUGGAAUGCAUUAUUGGAAUAUAUCCAAUGGACUGUAUUGGAACUCAAAGACUUGUGGGUCUCUGGGGAGGGGUAAUUUAUUGAUCAGGGUGUGUGUUUGUAGGACCAGGGCCAGAAGGUCCCUGUUUUCUCCCUGUUGCUAUUUAAUGUUUGUACUGUGAUUAAGAUAUAAUAAAUUUUUUAUUUAUUUUCUUCCAAGCACCUCUUCCCAUUUUUCUUGUCAUUGAGAAUUAGGGACACAGGGCCCAAUAAAGGGUGAUGGAUUUUGAGCCUCCACUGGGCACUCUUCCUGGGAACAUAGGUUCUGUCUUCACACAAUACAGGUACUGGAGCUGGGAGAUGGCUCAGCAGUUAAGAGCACUGGCUUCUCUUUCAGAGGACCUGAGUUCAAUUUCCAGCACUCACAUGGUGGCUCACAACCUCUGGAACUUCAUUUUAGGGGAUCUGGCCUCCGUGGGUGUAGUGCACAGGCAUACAUGCAGGCAAAGCACCCAUACAU